GUGCGGGUACGUCGAGUGUGAUGUACUGCGUGUUCAGUUGUCUUUCAGUCGUUGCUUGUCGUGCGACGAGAGCGGAGCGUCUGCGAUGAUGACUGAAUCGGAGGUGAUACUGCAAGGCUUUCUGCACAAGUCGCCGCCGCUCGGCAAGCGUGGAUUGAAGAUUUGGCACAAACGAUGGGUCGUCCUGUGCGAUUACAAGAAGCUCUACUACUAUCGAUCCGAACGCUCAACGUCGCCUCUCGGUUCGAUCGACGUCAGCAGCUGCGUCAGACUGGAUUGUGGUCUGGAUCACAAGAAGUACAGACACAUCUUUGCUAUUGUCUGCAAAGAGAGGACGCACUUUCUCAGCGCGUCUAGUGAGAGUAUGAUGGAGCAAUGGGUGUCUGCAAUAUGUCAGAUGAGAUCGAGCGACUAUGGUCUGAGUACUCAAUUCAAAACUGUGAGGAGACGGAGUCGUCAUCCACUGGAGACCAGGAUGGAUGGGAACGAGGAGGAUGGUGAAGCAUCGUCGAGCGGUGGUAGUCCACUGUCGUUGUUGCGUAUCUUGAAACGAAGCUGGUCUGUAACGUCUCCCAAACAUAAACCUCCAUUGAAAGCAACGAAGAGGCAAGCAUCUGUGGACGACUUUACUCGGCAAGGAUCCGAGACGCCACCUCUGGUCGAUCGAAGUCUGAAACCUCCACCUCCUGUGCCUCGACAUCUUAAGCCUCCAUGCUUUUUUCAAACAUUAUCGCCUGACGGUGCACUGAGCAGUGGGCACAUAACGUCGAGCUCAGUAGAGGGCGACGUCUUUAGGUUUCCCUCGGUGAAUGUGGACACUGAUAGAGACGAUGCUCAUAAUACGUCCGAUGCUCAUAAUACAUCCACAUCUCCAAGUCCGGGAAUGGACGUACCGCAGAUGUUGUUGAGUGACAGUGCGAUCGAUCUACGAAAAGCCGGCGACGACUUCGUAUCUCACUGGAUGUCCGAUCAGUCUCCUCAGCAGUCGCCUUCGGUGCAGCGUGCAUCGAGGCUUGUCGGAUUCCAUCUCUCUCAAGCGGAUAGUUUCACUUCGAUCGAUCAGUUGAGUCCUGUGCAGGGAUCGUCGUGCGACUCUGGGGCUGAGUCGGAGGAUGGAGGUGCCGAGGAGCCGGUGAAAACGAGCAACACGAGAACGUAUCAUUACACAGUGCAGCGAAGCGAUGCCACGACCGACGAAGAUGCGUCGGAUGCGGACAGUCCGAAGACGAGGAAACCGGGAGAAUGGCAUUCGCCGUUUCUCACUGACAAAUGCAACUUUGCCGAUGCAAACAACAGAUUUGAGUCGGAAGUGUAACAGUAUACUGUACAUUGUAUUUGUAAAUAUUAUUUAUUUGUAUAUACAUGCAAUACAUAUCUGUCCUAAAAUAA